GCCAUGUCGCCCGCGGCCGCCCCCAUGAUCAGCUCCGUGCAGAAGCUGGUGCUCUACGAGACGCGGGCUCGGUAUUUUCUUGUUGGAAGUAAUCCUGCAGAAACCAAGUACCGUGUGUUGAAAAUAGAUCGCACUGAACCAAAGGAUUUGGUCAUAAUUGAUGAUAAACAUGUGUAUACACAACAAGAGGUGAGGGAACUUCUUGGCCGCUUAGAUCUGGGGAACAGAACAAAGAUUGGGCAGAAGGGCUCUUCUGGAUUAUCUCGAGCUGUCUCUGCUUUUGGUGUAGUAGGUUUUGUCAGGUUUUUAGAGGGCUACUACAUUGUGUUAAUAACAAAAAGGAGAAAGAUGGCAGAUAUUGGAGGUCAUGCAAUAUAUAAAAUAGAAGAUACAAAUAUGAUCUACAUUCCAAAUGACUCUGUAAGAGUCACUCACCCUGACGAAGCCAGAUAUCUGAGGAUCUUUCAAAAUGUGGACCUUUCUAGCAACUUCUACUUCAGUUACAGCUAUGAUCUCUCCCAUUCCCUUCAGUAUAAUCUAACUAUUCUGAGAAUGCCCCUUGAGAUACUAAAACCUGAAACAACCCAGGCUCGGCAAGAGAGUUUUGAUAUAUUUGAAGACGAAGGACUUUCAACACAAGGUGGAAGUGGUGUAUUGGGGAUUUGCAGCAAGCCUUACGAAAAGUAUGUGUGGAAUGCCAAGCUUCUGGAGGUAGUAAAAAAUACUGUUCACCGUGACUGGCUGCUCUAUAUUAUCCAUGGCUUCUGUGGGCAAUCAAAACUGCUCAUUUAUGGUCGUCCAAUAUAUGUCACCUUGAUAGCCAGAAGAUCAAGCAAAUUUGCAGGAACACGAUUUCUGAAACGAGGGUCAAACUGUGAGGGGGAUGUUGCUAAUGAAGUAGAAACCGAACAGAUACUCUAUGAUGCUUCAGUUAUGUCAUUCGCUGCGGGGAGCUAUUCUUCCUAUGUGCAGGUUCGAGGAUCUGUCCCCCUUUACUGGUCUCAAGAUAUUUCAACUAUGAUGCCUAAGCCACCCAUAACGUUGGACCAGGCAGAUCCUUUUGCACAUGUUGCUGCUCUUCACUUUGACCAAAUGCUUCAGCGAUUCGGCUCUCCCAUAAUUAUUUUGAAUCUUGUGAAGGAACGUGAAAAAAGAAAGCAUGAAAGGAUUCUUAGCGAAGAACUUGUUGCUGCUGUGACAUACCUCAACCAGUUUUUACCCCCAGAGCAUGCAAUUAUAUAUAUUCCUUGGGACAUGGCCAAAUAUACAAAAAGCAAACUUUGCAAUGUGCUUGACAGACUGAAUGUGAUUGCAGAAAGUGUAGUAAAGAAAACAGGAUUUUUUGUAAAUCGACCCGAUUCUUACUGCAGUAUCUUGCGGCCAGAUGAAAAGUGGAAUGAAUUGGGAGGUUGUGUUGUUUCCACUGGUCGCUUGCAGACUGGUGUUCUCCGAACCAACUGUGUGGACUGUUUGGAUCGCACUAACACAGCCCAGUUUAUGGUGGGAAAAUGUGCUUUGGCUUACCAACUCUAUUCCCUGGGGCUGAUUGAUAAACCCAACCUGCAAUUUGAUACAGAUGCUGUUAGAUUAUUUGAAGAAUUAUAUGAAGAUCAYGGAGAUACCCUCUCUCUGCAAUAUGGAGGUUCUCAACUUGUCCACAGAGUCAAAACCUACAGAAAGAUAGCUCCGUGGACCCAGCAUUCCAAAGAUAUUAUGCAAACACUCUCAAGAUAUUAUAGCAAUGCUUUCUCAGAUGCAGACCGGCAGGACUCCAUCAACCUGUUCCUGGGAGUAUUCAAGCCUACAGAAGGAAAACCACACCUCUGGGAGCUUCCCACCGAUUUUUAUUUGCACCACAAGAACACGCUCGGUCURUCACCGACCAGGCGAAGCUACACUUUCUGGUGGACCACAGGAGUGCUAAAGCAUUUACCACUUCCUUUUGAUGAAGUGACAUGUGCUGAAAACCGACGCAAGCUGAUAGUGAAGAGGUUCCACAAGUAUGAAGAGGAAAUUGAUAUCCACAAUGAAUUUUUUCGGCCAUAUGAGUUGAGCAGUUUCGAUGAGACCUUCUGCUUGGCGAUGACCAAUUCUACCCGAGAUUUUAUGCCCAAGAAUGUGGGCAUUGAUCCGAGUCCAUUUACUGUUCGUAAACCUGAUGAAACUGGAAAAUCGGUAUUGGGGAACAAAAGUAAUAGAGAAGAAACUGUACUGCAGCGCAAAACCGCGGCGAGCGCUCCGCCACCGCCGAGCGAGGAAGCCGUGUCAAGUAGUUCUGAGGAUGAUUCUGGAACAGACAAAGAGGAGGAAGGUGCUGUUUCUCAACGCUCAACUCCGGUGAAGGUGACUGACACGGGAGAUAGCACAAAAAUCACAGAGAACGUAGUCCAAUCCACAAAAGACGUCUAUGGAGUUAAUCUUUCAGAUGUUCCUUCAGAAGAUGAUCUUGCAAUAUACACAAGAUUUGUCCAGCUGGGACAGAGUCAACAUAAACAAGACAAGAGCAGUCAACAAUUUUGCUCAAAACACCAACUGGACAGAGUGAUACAUCUGGUACCCAUCUCAUCUUUUUCCCAAGACAACAUUUAUGAAGUUCAGCCGCCGAGGGUCGAUAGGAAAUCAAUUGAGAUAUUCCAUGCUCACCUGCAGGCUGGAAGAGGAAACAUGCAGCCCCUGGGAAAAGACGACUUCCUUAUGUACAGAGAGUACAUUCGAAACAGAUACUUGUAAAUUCCAGCUGGAUUCUGCUGCCAAGUGUAGUGUGCCGAUAAGUCAUCAAAUUAACUUCAGAAAGGAAGUCGAAUUUUGUUAUUUUGAGAUAAUAAAUUUAUUAUCUAACAUUUAUUAUUUAUUAUGCUUUAAACAUUGUAUAUUUACACUAUUAUGCUUUACAGGAGAGGAAAAAUUAAAAAAAAAAAAAAAAAAAGUGGUGUCUGUCCUUCAACUGAAGGAAAAAGUUCCUAAAGAGAACUUAAAAGUAUCUUAAGAGACUGUGUUUAUAGUCAAAGCAGCUGCCACCAGCUGGGAAAUAUGCAGCAGCUUGAUGCAAAAGAAAUAGAGUGGUUGGGUUUAAAUUUCUUAUCUUCUUAUGUUUUCUAGUGAGGUUGAAGUGRUUCACAUAUAUGAAGCACAGAGAAAAAUUUUCUUCUUUGUUAUUCCAUGACACCAAAUGGUCUUUUUUAUAAUGGAAUAUUUUUUGAUAUUUCUUGAGAAUGAGGGCUUGUAGUUUUUUUUUCUUAAGCAAAAGUGCAAAAUGAGUSACUGAUGUCCAAAUAAAAAUUUACAUAUAUUUACAUGAUUAACAAACUUAGUAAUUCAAAUUCAUGUCAAAACUAAUCUCACUGGUGAUAGUAACACAGCAUUUGUUCUACACAGGGUGAAAAAAAAACACAGUUAUUUGCAAUAACAAGCUAAAAUUCCCAACCCUAGCUUCCAGCCCUUUUCAUUGAAGAACAAUAACAGUGUCACCAGCAUGCUUGACCACUUGUGUUAUUCUCCAAGCUUGAACAGACUAUAUUCCAAGACUUUCUGGAGUAGCUGCCUUAGGGACGUUUCAGCCAACUGCAUGUAAUGGAUAGGGAGAGCGUGUCGAGGUUUGUGGAAAAUGAGCUUGCAGGGAGCAGCUCUCUAUACCUGGCUGCUUGCAGUGCAAGCAAAGGCUGAACUUAAGCAGUAGUAGCCCUUCUGUUAAUCAGGAAUUCAGUGAAAGAAAAUAUGCAGUGGAUAAAGAAAGAAGGCAGAAGGCACCUGUGCAACACGUGUGUUACAGGUGAAUGUAUGUAGUCCGUGAGAGAACAUUGAUUUUGGUAUCUGUUCUCUUUUGUUGAUUGAUUGAUACUGUUUUGAGAGAAAUUAAUGCAGUUUAGAAGACAGGAGAAUGAAAUGCUAUUUUACAUAAUACUGAAUUGCAACUCCCAAUGUUUUUCUCCCCUGGAAAAUAUCUGGGCUGAACUCUUUUGACCA